GUAUAACUUUGACAGUAUGAAAUGCCAAGUUCCAGUUUCCGUAACGCUAACAGUAACAGUACUAAUUCAGUAUUUGUGAUUUGAUUAUAAACAUGAAUGGGUAGAUAUUAUUGCAUAAUUUAGAUUUGAAGUUAGAACUACUUUGCGUUUCGGUCAUAAAAAAACAACAAAAACAGAAACAAUUUAUGCAGAGCAAACAUAUAUGGAUGAGGUAGUGUACGCAAUACAUUAAGAACAAAACAAUUAGGUAUUUUUUGUGUUUAACCAGAGUUUACAGAAAAAAAAACUUGGCAUAAAUCACCGGAUUCAGCUCGCCACCGAUAAGAUGUGUGACCAAAUCAGUGAUGCUAUACUGGAUGCACACUUAACUGAGGAUCCUGAUGCUAAAGUAGCUUGUGAAACUGCAUCCAAAACUGGUAUGAUCAUGGUGUUUGGAGAAAUUACUUCAAAGGCUCACAUUAAUUAUCAUGAAGUUGUAAGAGAAACUGUGAAAAAGAUUGGUUAUGACUCUAGUUCAAAAGGAUUUGACUUCAAAACUUGUAAUGUGUUGGUGGCAGUAGAACAACAAAGUCCUGAAAUUGCUAGAGGUGUCCAUGUGAAUAAAAAAGAGGAAGAAAUAGGAGCAGGAGACCAGGGAUUGAUGUUUGGUUAUGCUACUGAUGAAACUGAAGAAUGCAUGCCAUUAACUGUAGUUUUAGCACAUAAACUCAAUGCUAAAUUGGCAGAACUGAGAAGAAAUGGAAUUUUCUGGUGGGCUGGGCCAGAUUCUAAAACACAAGUUACAUGUGAAUAUUACUUUGAACAUGGAGCAGCUAACCCAAUGAGAGUGCAUACCAUUGUAGUUUCCACCCAACAUAUAGACACAAUUCCACUAGAAGAGGUGCGUCAUGAAGUCAUGGAGAGAGUCAUCAAAGAAGUCAUUCCUCCUCAAUACCUAGACAAGCAAACAAUAUAUCAUAUCAAUCCCUGUGGCAGUUUUAUUGUGGGUGGGCCAAUGGGUGAUGCAGGCUUAACUGGAAGAAAGAUUAUUGUUGACACUUAUGGUGGUUGGGGAGCUCAUGGAGGUGGAGCUUUUUCUGGUAAAGAUCCAACAAAAGUAGAUCGAUCUGCUGCUUAUGCUGCUCGCUGGGUGGCAAAAUCUUUAGUUAAAGCAAGGCUCUGCAGAAGGUGUCUUGUUCAGAUUUCGUAUGCCAUUGGUAUUGCUGAACCCUUAUCUAUCACUCUGUUUUCUUAUGGAACAUCUAACAAAACUCAAAAAGAACUGUUGGAGAUUGUGAAGAAAAACUUUGAUCUUAGGCCAGGAUGCAUCAUGAGGGAGUUGAAUCUCAAACGGCCAAUUUACCAGAAAACCAGCACAUAUGGUCACUUUGGACGGUCAGAAUUUCCAUGGGAAGUUCCAAAAGAAUUGAAGUUUUGUUGAUUUAUUGAAUUUUCAUUAAUACAUUUGAUAUAAAUUAAGGAGUAAAAGUUCCCUGUGUAUAAAUCACGGUAAGCCUGAUGUGUUACAGUUUUCCAUUGUAUGUUUCUUUUCUGCUUCCUUAUAUGUUGUUAUAAAUGAGAAGAAACUUUUUGUAAGUUGAUCUGCAUUAUUACUGAAAAUGUGUACUUAGGAAAUGGAUAUUCUCCCGUGUGAUUAAUCUUUGUAUUCACAGGAGAGUCACAUUUGUCUUGUGUUCCUAAAGAUUUGAAUGGAAAAGAGCAUUUUUAUUAAAUGGUUAGAUUUUGACAACUGUAUUCUAUUUCUCUCAACUAUUUAUUACUGAAUGGAAAAGAGCAUUUUUAUUAAAUGGUUAGAUAUCGACAACUGUAUUCUAUUUCUCUCAACUAUUUAUUACUGAAUGGAAAAGAGCAUUUUUAUUAAAUGGUUAGAUUUCGACAACUGUAUUCUAUUUCUCUCAACUAUUUAUUACAGGCAUAUUUUCUGAAAUAAUUUUAAGGUUUUCGGAUAGUCACCCAUUAUGCAUUUGCUUGGUGAUGAUUUAGAAUUAUAGACAUAAUUCAUAUACUUAAGUAUAGUAAAUGUAUUUCCCUGCAAUUUUUCAGAGAUGAAUGUUCAUUAUGAUAAAGCCAUAUCCAAAUACUUGGACAAAAAGUAAAUAAAAGCUGCAAUAAACAUAGAAUCUGCACAUUUUCUUGUGGGUAAAAUUUAAAUGCACAACUUGGUAAUAUUUAUUAUUGGAAACGUUUUGAAUUAGAUUUUUUAGUUAAUGAUUGGAAUGUUGAUUAUACGUUUGUGUGAAAGAUACUGCACACUAAUAUAGCCAGCAAUAUGAAUGACACCAGAUUAGUAAUCAGUACUAAAUAAGUAAAGAAAAUCAUAUGAAGAACAAUGCUGUUUAGUUUUAUUUUUGGUUGUUUGUCAGGAAUUUUAAAUGUUUAGGUUUUGGGAUGCAAAACUUUGUGUAUUUCAGCAAGCCAGGUAAUGUAUUUACAUAUGUAUCAACAAUGACUGCCACUUGCACUACAUUAAAAAAAGCCUUGUAAAUUUGUCAUGGUUGUGUUGUAAAACUUUGUAUACUCAAGAUAAACUUGCAUCUUUCAGAAAUGCUUUACAAUUUGAGUAUUAAUGUUUUGAAAAUUCUAGUGAUUUUUGUGAACUUAACAGUUAUUUUAAUUUUAAUCUCUGUAUGUAAGUUGGUUACUGUUUUUAGCACUUUUGAACACCAAUUGUCAUUGGGAUUUAAAAAAAAUAGUCACUUUUGUAUUUAUUUCUUUAUUUAUUUUGUAAAUUAUUUUAAAGUAUAAUGUUGCAGAAAGUUGGAAGCUGUUAAAGGUUUUGCUUCUUAAUUGGCAUGUAUAUUUCCGUAAAUGUAUUACUGUGUCUUUGUACAUCUUUUAUUUUCAUUCCAUUUCUGUGGAUAUGCUUCGUUGACAGAGACCCUAUGGGACAUGCACGUUUAUUUGCAAAGGAUGACUGGCUAAUAUAAGUUGAAAUCUCAUCUUGUAAAACAAAAAUAAGUGUAGUCAUAUGGAAGAGAUUAAUUUUGUAUCUCUAGUAUGUGGUAAAAUUUUUUUGUUUUGAUAAAUCUUAGUGGUGUACUUUUUACAGUGAUGUUUAACAUUGUACUACUUUAAAUUAAAAUUAUUAUUAUGAGUAUUGUUAGGUCUAUGUAAUAGAUUUAGAAAACACAUUUUCCAAACCUGCUUUGUCAAUGGUGAUAAUUUAUUCUUCAUAAAAUCUUGAUACAUGUACAUCAAAUGAGCCCAAACUUGAUGGCAGGCAAACUAAUGGUGUAUCAAAUUGUAUAUUGUGGAGAUUUCACCUUUGGGUUAUAAAGUUUAACAGUUAAUGUGUACAUAUAAAACUAUUGCUAUUUUCUAAUAUUAACGAUAAUAGAUUAGGAUUACAGUUAAGUAUUUUAUAGUUACAAAGGUGUCAUUAAGUUAUAGGGAAGCAGGGAAAUGAAUGAAAAUGGGGGGGGGGGACAGGAUUCCUAUACAGUAAUGUUUUUCACCAUUUACAAAACACAAUGUGAUAUUUCCUUAAGCAAAUUUUGUAUUUUUUUUUCAUUUCCAUAAAUGAAAAGGAUUGCGUAAUUUGCUACUAAACAUAAGUAUAAUGAGCUGAGUUUCAAACUUGUAUUUAAAAGCUUGUAUGCUUAAUUUGGCUUAGCCAAUGAAGAAAGGAUGUUUAUGUUUUUUUUACAGUGGAUCUAGCUAUGUUGCUAUAUAGGAGUAAGGUUCUUGAAGUAGUAUUUAUUAAAUACAGCAUGUUUCUUGUUUGUGAUACAAAGUAAACACUGACUAGAUUCUUAACUAUAUUCAUUCGGCAUGUUUCAUGUUUGUUUUUAUUUGUUAACUUCAUGCAAUUGUUAAAAAAAUCAAGAAUUUGUAGACUUGACUGGGUUUAAUUCUUUGACUUUCUAUUCUUCAUGUCAAAAAUUGUACUUUUCACAAAUUAUUUCUUUACUUUUAAAAGGUGGUUAUCUUUGUUUUUUUUAAAGCUUAAAGUUUUGAUUUCAAGGGACAUUUUUCUUUUCAAUGUAAUUUCUAAAACUAAGGUAGAUUAUAUGGAACUUUGAGUUAAUGCACUCUUUCUGAAGUGUAAAUUUGUGAUUUUGAAGCAUUUUUUCUAACCCUUUUUUUAAGUGCCUACAAAACUUCUUCAGGUUACUGUAAUUUAGAGGUGAAGUAAACUUGUGCAUAGAAAAAUUAGCAUUAAUACACAUACUUUCUUAGAGGGUGGAAUCUUGAUAAAGAAUAUCUUUACUUUCUAAAUUUUUAUUUUUAAGAAGAAAAAAUUAUUAUGAAUGAAAUCAGCCAGGUGAACUUGCACAAGCUGUUGGGAGAAUUCCUAGACCUUGAAUCUUUCUGUUUUUAAUUCCUUACCAUUUCAUUUAAAGAAAUAAUUUUAUUGUAUUCUCCCUUGUAAGUAAAUUAACUUUUGUUUACAUGCUUCAUUUUUAUGUCUCAUUCUCACUUUCCGUCGGCCAGAAAAUAACUGCCAUUCAUUUUAACAUAAACCUACAAACUUUUAUGUUAUCAGGGUGAAUUGGUCAACGAUGACAUCAUUGUUUUACCAAAGAUCAUAUGAUGAAAUUUUUGAAAUGCUAUUUUUUUUCCCUUUUGCACUUGUGAUAACAAUACUUCUUUUUUUUGAAGUAUUCAUAGGGAGUUAAAAAAGGUAUUACCAUACAGAGCUAUCAUACAUUUUCAUAACAUGUUUUAAAAAAGGUAAAAAUAAUUCUCUGUUUUUAUUCCUGGUAGUGAUUAUACAUCUCUUGGCUCUGAUAAAAUUUCACUGUAAAGGUUUAAUUUUACUUUGGUCUUUAUAGUUACAUAAUUUCUUUGUCACAGCAAGAUUAUUGUAACAAUAAAUAUAUUUAAUAUUUUGAAGAAAUUGGAUGAACCAUCUAAGAAAUAUACCCAGAUCUGUUAUUUAUAAUAUUACUGCUGUAUUAUUCUUAGAUAAUGGAUUAUUAACUUUAAUAUCCAUUUAUGGUAAUAACCAGUAUUGUUAUACAUGUUUAGAUAUUUACAACAGUACUUUUCUCAUUGUUUUUCUGUUGCAAUAGAGUGCCCUUUUUUCUAGUUUUGAUGUGUUCUUGUGGUGUACAAUCUUAAUUAAAAAGAGAAAUUUCCAUA